UAGCAGUGUUGUAGCGCACAUUUCCUUCAGUGUACUAACUUUUGCUGUCAAAUCAGAAACAAAACAAAUCGUAUCACCAACCUGAGACAAAUUCGGAUACACAUCGUAAACAUGGCCAAACCUGGUGAAAAAGCUCUCCUUGCGAUGAAGGAAUUAGAUAAAGCAAUGGUCGUUUUCAAAAAACCAGCUGUUCCAAAAACGAAGAAGGAGAAUAAAGUGAUACUCAACGAGGAAACUUAUCUGGAGGAAAUGGCCAAAAUUAUUCAGAGGGAUUUCUUUCCGGAUCUACAAAAGCUCAAAGCCCAGAACGAAUACCUGGAUGCCGUGGCUAGCAACGAUAUUAUAAAGCUGAGGCAAAUAUUCUCUAAAUAUAAUUCGAAGUCACCACUUGUUCGGGAACCAAGUCCAGCGACCUUCGAAACACCACUCCCAAGCGCUUCGCUUGGACCAGACGAACCUCCCUCCAUACGAUCGACAACAAGUGUUAAAACCAACAAAAGUAGCAAAUCCCUCGCGGAUAAACACUCGCUGGAUAGUUUUCUACAAAAUUUUACCAGCGAAGAUAACGAUAGCUUCCAAGAGAUAAUAGAAGCAGCGGAUAAAAAAUUGAGGCAAAAAUUCUCCGUCCUCUAUGAGGCAGAGAAAACCACCAUGGAUAGUAUGAGCAGAAGUUUAGCGUUGCCAAGCAUAGAAAGUCAAUUUGAUAACAAAGAAAAACCUAAGCAAUUGGAUAUGUGGACAUACAAGAACAAGAAUUAUAUCAUGUAUAUUCCGGAUGGGGUUGCUAUCAGUCGGAAAGAGGAGAUAGAGUUGGCGAACAAGAAACAGGAGAUCGAACAUAGCAACACAAGACUUAGAGUGAACCCUUUUAAUGACCAGGAAAGCAAACAAGCCAUUACCGAAGCGGCUAAAUCACAAGCUAAAUGCCUUCCGGAAAAGAUUGGUGUUGACGGAAAACUGAUCGAAGCAUCCUUCACACCCGAUAUUCGGGGUUUCAGCUUCGUGAAGAGUCCCUCGCCCUGUCCGGGGAUUACUGACAGCCCCUUGUUCACUUGGGGUGAAAUUGAAGGAACUCCUUUCCGCCUGGAUGGCGGAGACACUCCGUUACAUCCGUCUACAGCAGGGUCAUCGUUCAGAAUAGCGGAGACAUCAAAACGAGAAAACCUGGCUCUUCAGCUAGCAGAAAAGGUAGCCGAACAGUCACGUUCAAAGAAAGCUAAAGCAAUAGAGGCUGCGCGCAGGAACAUUGCUUCGCCAGCAAUACGAAAUACAUUUGAUCGGCUAGCAAGCAUGUCUCCAGCGGCAAGAAAAUUAGCUUCAAGUAAGCUGGGCUUUAUAAACACUCCCAGUCCGAUGAGAAGCCCUAGUAUGGCAUCUACGCUUAAGACACCCAGACCUAUUGGUAUAUCCAGAACGACACCUUCACCGGCGGGAAUUGUACGAAAGAAGACUCCGAUUGUUGCCGGAUCUUCGUCCAACAGUAAUGUGAACAAAAGCGACAGUAACAAAACAAAUUCCACCGGAACGUCUGUAACGUUGACUGAUAAUCUGCUGUAUAUUCCUUCUACAGCCAAGCGACAAAAAGCCUCUGAUUUCUUUUAAUACAUUGAAAAGAUGUACAUAGCAUUCAAUAAAGAUUAAUUUUUUUUUUUUCACUGAAUGUA